UAUAUAACCUAAUCUUCCUCUCCCAAAACCCCUCCGUCUCUCCCUUCAUUCUUUCUUGUUCAUAUGUGGGUUAUCUAUCAUGAGCAAUAUUCCAACACCUUUAACAGACUCCUCUAGAACCCUAUUUAAUCUUGCCAUCUCUGCCUCCGACCCGUGGCCUUUCUCCCAAGUUUUCUUAUAACCCACCGAGAAAAAGCCAGGGAUUUUUCUGUUCUUUUUAUUUUGUUGUUUGUACAAAAAGUAGGGUUUUUGGCAGCUUUGUUGGAAAUGGGGAUUGCAGGGGAAAGGCACCACCUGAAUUUCCACAUCCAUAUCCCGCACCUUCAUUUUCACCACCAUCAGGAGAAGACGAAGGAGGAGCUGAAAGACAUCCCCAAGGGGUGUCUGGCGAUCUUGGUCGGUCAAGGGGAGGAGCAGCGUCAAAGGUUUGUCAUCCCUGUCAUCUACAUCAACCAUCCUCUCUUCAUGCAGCUCUUGAAGGAGGCGGAGGAAGAGUACGGAUUUGAUCACAAGGGCCCCAUCACAAUCCCUUGCCACGUGGAGGAGUUCCGCACCGUCCAGGGCAUCAUUGAUCAAGAGAAUUCAUCACAUCUCCACCACCACCACCAUCAUCACCAUCACCACCACCAUCAUCAUCACCAUGUGUGGUGCUUUAGGGCUUAAUUAAUUAAUUUGAUCAUGUAAAUUUUUAUUUUGUAUUUGUGGAAGAUUUUAUAGAGUACCCAGAUUGGUGUAAAUUAAUGAUGACAAUUAAGCAAAAUUUGAAUGAGAAUUGAGAAGAUUUAUUGUCAA